ACCAGGCGUUCGCGCUGCGGUUGUCGGGCGAAUAGAACUAUGCACAUGCACCGAUCCUGGCAAGGCCCAUCCUUGACCCAGGAUCGGUGCAUAUGCCUUCCUGGCCAAGGUAGGAGGGCGUAUGCACCGAUGCCUGGCUCAGGAUGGGCCUGGCCAGAAUCGGUGUAUGUGCAUAGUUCUGUUUCCUCUAGGUUGGAGUACAUGCUGCAGACCACCAUGCCCGAGGGCAGGACCCCCGAGGUGGUGUGCAGCAGGCUGGAGCGGAACAGCACGGACAGCUCCUACGUCGUGCGCUCGUGCCCAGGCAGCGCGGCAAGCGGGUGCUCGGCCGACUGCGGCAGCUGUGUGCAGGACAUGGUCCGCCACUUCACCCUGGACCGCUGCGCGGCGGGGUGGAAGCUCCACCAGGGCGCCGCUCCGGAGGACUGCGCCGGCGAGCGCAAGGAGUGCGCCGGCCUCAACCAGGUGGACGUGGGGCUGUCCAGGUGGUGCAACCGCUGGCCCGUUGCGGGAGAGACCUCUUCCGCAAAGAGUUCGGAUGAAUUGAGCGGGAGCGCGGCGGCCUGACCCCCCGGCCUUGGCUGACGGCGUCUGACCCUCAGGGCCAGUGAUGGGGAUCCUCCUUGUUCGAUCCUCGAAGACGUGGCGUCGUCCUCUUUCCUCCUGCUGCUGCUCCUGCUCAUCCUCCUUCCGCUCGCAGCGCCUCGUCUCACAAUACUUG